AUGAUCCCCAUUCCUCCAAAGCCGGGUAAAGUAAAUGCAUAUUACGUAUUAAGAUCUAUCGAUGUAAAUGUAAGUGUGCGAUGUUAAAUAUUUAAAUUCACAUAUAAAAUACGAAUUUCCAUAUUUCAAAAACUAAAUUUCCCCCAAUUUAUACUAUCUAUCAAGACCAAAGCAUAUUUUUAUAAUAACAAGACUUCCUUUUAAGAACUGUAACAUAGCGGAAGGAGAGACAGUGUUCGUGGAAGAAUGUAAACCAACUCCCGAUCUAUGUCAAGUAUCAGGAUCUCAUGGUGUAUGUGAAGUCUCUCUAGAUCUCGGUAAGAAGGCGUUUCUCUUGUCAUAUUUUCAGUUUAGUCAAGUCAGAAGCAUUCGAAUUAAUACAAAACCCGAUCCAUGAAGCUGCCAAAAGAGGUAACCUCCAACUGUUGGAGUCUUGUCUUAACAAUAAAGUAGGUUUAGGCUAUAGCUAAUGUAAUUGGAAAGACAUUUUAAAAUUAACGUGACAUUACAAUGAGAAUUUAAGUGAAAACAUUAAUUUAGAUGUCCCCUAACCUAUUAGACAGAUCAGGUUCAGUGCCUUUGUACUGGGCAUCUUACAACGGUCAUAUUAACGUAGUAAUACGGCUUUUACAAUGUGAAAAUAUAGAUGUUCAAGCACAGGUAAGUAAAAUAACACACAAAAUAAAAAAUGACAUAAAAUUUCAUUCCGUAAUUACAAAUUUAGAAGAGUAUAAUCUGGUAUAAUAUGAUAACAAAAAGUAAUAUUUAGAACAAGAUGGGAGAUAACUCAUUACACGCAGCUGCUCGUCGAGGACAUCUUGACAUAUGUGAAACUCUAGUUGGCGCAGGAGCAGACGUCAACGUUCCAAAUAAUGACAAGAACAGAGCUUUAGAAAUGGCAGCAAAUCCAGAAAUAGCUUCGUUCAUACGAUUAACCAUGGAGAAGAAUCCCCCCACAGAACAAAUAGACGAAUACCAGAGUUCAGAUGAAGAUUAA